AUGGAUUCAUUCGAGAUGUCUAAUGCGGAUUAUAAUCAAUUGUUACUUUCUACUGAGCACCUUGAGAACAUGUCUCAAAUAAUUGAGAACUCGUACAGACCUAAUUAUCCAGCGAGUUUCGCGGGAACGCAUUUAUUGUAUAUCGAAAGUUAUUUAUGGACAACAGAAUCAAAAGAAGUGAAGCAACUGUAUAAGGAUUAUUCUGAACAAAUUAAAAAACUUUACAAAGAACAAAUGUUUGGUGUUAUUAAAAUCAAUAAACGUCAGUGA